UGCCAGGUAUUUACUAGUGCUUAAUAUAUAAGGUUCCAAGUAGGUUGCUGGGACAGUAGUGUUAAUAACGGAUAGGUGAGAGAUCAUAGGAUUCAAUCAAUUACUGAAUAAUCAUGAAGAUAGCACUAGUAUUGUGUAUAAUCGCGUUAGCAGCGGCGCGUCCUGAAGAGGGCUACAGCACGCGAUAUGACAACUUCAAUGCGCAGGAGUUGGUCGACAACAUUCGUCUGCUGAAGAGCUAUGGCAACUGCUUCUUAGACAAGGGACCUUGCACUGCUGAGGGCAGCGACUUUAAAAAACUAAUCCCAGAUGCCCUGAAGACGAACUGCGCGAAAUGCUCGACCAAGCAAAGAAACCUCAUCCGGGUUGUGACCAAGGGCUUCCAAAACAAACUGCCUGAGAUGUGGAAGGAACUGGCUGCCAAAGAAGACCCCAACAAUGAGUACCAUGACGCCUUCAAUAAAUUCCUUAAUGAAUCUGACACACCAAAGAUGAAGCUGUUCAUACUCCUCUCCGUUCUGGCAGCAGUAGCGUUCGCUCGCCCAGAUGGUGACCAUUACGACUCCAAAUACGACAAGUUUGACGUGAAGACUCUCACAGAGAACCCUCGGCUGAUGAAGGCAGGUCCUACCGAGGCUGUAGCCACAACUUGCGGCAAAUGCACCCCGAAGCAGCGCCAGAUCGUCCGCACCGUCAUCAGGGCCCUCCAGGAACAGCUGCCCAACGAGUGGGACCAGCUGGUGAAACUCCACGACCCUGAGGGCAAAUACAAGGAGUCUUUUGGCAAGUUCCUGGCGUCAACUGACUAGAGCCGGGAUAUUAAAUUCCACGCUGUCCCGUAUAAAUGUUUUACAUUUGUUAUAACCUUCUUCACAAAGGAUAAAGUAUAGAUGUAGUGCGGAAUCCGUGCUUAAUGGAGAGCUUUUGUGCACAGAAUAACGACCUUAUGUGGGACAUGUUGUCGCGACCCUCAGCCAAGCGGAACCGAGAAAGAAGGAGUGCGAAAUCUUUUCCUUCGUAUUUUCAAGAACAUGUCAUGCCAUUUCAGUCAGCCUCAGUACAAUAAUGUCUAGAUAAAAUAAAUAACAAUACAUAUUCACCCUAGAUUCCUUAACCACCCUUAACUAAAAAAAUCUUUUUAAUUUAAGAUUAGCAGUUAAGUUCAUAAACGCAAGUAUGUUUCUUAGAAAUAAACAGAUUAAAUUUUUUAAUUAUUUUUUUACAAAAAGUACUAACGUUGACCCAACUAGCAUGACAAAUAGGUACGAACGUUUCCGAGAAAAUGCGAUAGAAAACAAUUAUCCACCACUUCCUGUACAAUAAUAACUGCACCAAACAUCUUUAUAAAAUCAGCAUACAUAAAGUACCUACUGGGGACAGCGUUAAAAAAUUUCGUGAUUGAUGUAAAGAAUCAAAGCGUUACUGUGAUUUAAUGUUUUGUUAAUAAAUUACUUUAAAAAUUGGA